UAAUUUCACAUUGUGUUUUGCUGGCAAAAUGGACGGAUUUAUGAUGGACAUUAUCAAGGGCAUGUGUAUCAUGGACAAUGACGGCAACCGGAUUCUGGCCAAGUACUACGACAAAAACAUACUAUCCACGUUGAAGGAGCAGAAGGCCUUUGAAAAGAAUCUGUUUAACAAGACGCACCGCUCCAACACUGAAAUCAUCAUGCUCGAUGGUCUGACGUGUGUUUACAAAAGCAACGUGGACUUAUUUUUCUACGUUAUGGGCAAUGCUUACGAGAACGAGCUGAUACUGUUGUCAGUGCUAAACUGUCUCUACGACUCCAUUAGCCUCAUCUUGAAGAAGAAUGUGGAGAAACGUCUGGUGCUGGAGAACCUAGAGAUUAUCAUGUUGGCCUUUGAUGAAAUCUGUGAUGGCGGCAUCAUUUUGGACGCUGAUCCGUCAUCUGUGGUGAAACGUGUCGAUCUGCGCAACGAGGAUAUACCCAUUGCCGAACAGACCGUUGCUCAGGUACUUCAAUCGGCGCGCGAGCAGCUCAAAUGGUCUUUAUUGAAAUGAGGUCGGGGUCGCAGAGGAGGACGAGAUCAGUAAAACUGUCACCCAUGCUAUGCUGUCGCAAUACAUUCGAUUUUUUUAUUAAAUUCGCCUAGAGUAUAAUAUACACAUAUACAUCCCUAUAUAUAUAUGUUUAACUAGAAACAUUGCGAUUUGUUUAAUAUAUUAUAUUAUAAAAGUUUGCUGUAUGCCAAAAUGCAAGCGCUUUAAAAGACUAACAAGUAAGCUGUAAAAGUGUAAAUUACAAUAAAGAUUUCUAUUUGUAAUAGUAGAUAGAGAUCUAAGCAGA